ACUGAAAGCCUCCGACAAUCAUACGCCUUCCGCAGAAAGAUGUUCGUCGACCGAUGGCUCUAUCUCGGUAAUAAGUCACAGCGCAAAAUACAUUUGCUCUCUCCAUCUCGCAUCUGUUCUCUCAGUGGAGGCUGUGUAUAGUGUGACGCUACUUUUCCCACCCUGGAUGUACCGCGGUUUUAUCGCCCUAACCAUCUGGUCAAUCGGGUAUGCACUCAUGGCCAACCGCAUUGAAAGUAAGCACACACGCGUAUCAUACACACACCAGCGUAUCAUGGAAGAGAUAUACUGUAUGCCGCUUUGUGCUAUCUAGGGUGGUUACAGAUUGGGAAGUGGAAGGAUCAGAUUCGGAGAGGACUUUUCCUGCAGUCGCCGGAAUCGAUGAUCCUCAGGUGAUGCAAGAGACAAAUAGGAAGAGUUGACUUCCAUCUUGAGUGCUACAUUGUGUGCUGACUUGGGCUGUAUGAGUUCGCUAACUAAAUAUUCUUCUUCCCUCCAUUAAGUGCAUUUCUUAGAAGACG